AUGCAAGAAGCAGGACUGCUCAGUCUCCGACACAGUCGCCGUCUUGCCCGUGUGCCGCCGUACCUGUCGCUUCUGUGCAUCGUCAUUGGCGUCGCCUGGCUGUUGCUGCUUCCACUCGACGAAUAUUCACGCCGCACCUACGUCUCCGAGAAUGCCAUUCUGCCUGGUCAAGUUCACACCUACUUUGGUGGCAGUGAACACAAUGUCUUCCGCGCAUACAGACAGGAGGUUGCCGCAAUGGACCAGCUCUCCCCUGAGGACCGCUCGCAGAAGCUAUACCAUCUGCUUGGUGCCAAUGGANNUUUGAAGCCCGAUAUCCAGAACUACUCGUAUGAUAUUUCGGGUCAGAACAAGACAGGCCAGAAUGUCUAUGCCCUCCUCCAGGGUCCGAGAGCAGAUGCCACCGAAGCAAUGGUCCUGAUCGCUGCAUGGAAAAACAUGGACGACAAGAUCAACUACAGUGGUGUUGCUUUGCUUUUGACUCUAGCAAGGUACUUCAAGAGAUGGUCUAUCUGGUCAAAGGAUAUCAUUGUCUUGAUUCCUUCCGACAGUACCUAUGGGCCCCACGCCUGGGUUGACGCCUACCAUGACACACACGAUACCACUGCAGUCCAGCCCCUGAACAUCAAGGCAGGUGCUCUCCAAGCUGCCAUCGCCGUCGACUACCCUGCCGGUCCAUGGGGUCAUCGUUUUGAGAAGCUUCACGUUGUAUAUGAUGGCGUUAACGGCCAAUUGCCCAACCUUGAUCUUGUCAACACCGCCGUCAAUAUUGCUCAGGGCCAACUAGGUAUCAGUUGUACCAUCCAGCGCAUGUGGGACCACCAGGAUAGCUACCGUGAGCGUCUCGAUACAAUGCUCAGGGGCAUGAUGAAUCAAGCUGUAGGUCAUGCGAGCGGUCCUCAUAGUGUCUUCAUGCCUUACCAUGUUGACGCCAUCACCUUGCAAACUGUUGGCGAUGGCUGGCAUGAUGAAAUCUCGCUCGGAAGAACGGUCGAAAGUCUGUUCCGCAGCGUAAACAAUCUCCUCGAGCAUUUGCACCAGAGUUUCUUCUUCUAUCUGCUCAUGCAAGCUAAUCGCUUCGUGAGCAUUGGUACNUAUCUACCCAGUGCCAUGCUUAUUGCAGUAAACUUCACCAUCACUUGUAUCUUGAUGUGGGUUCAGAGCGGACGACCAGAACGUCAAAGUCCCAACCCGACAUCGCCCAAGAGCGAGAAAACGCCGGAAAUGACUCUUGUCAAGGAUGGCGAGAAUGUGGCUCUAGUGCCAACCGCAGAUCUUGAAGUGGCUCAAAGGGAUCUGUUCAGCCCUCUAGCCAUCGUUCUCAGCAUCCACGCUCUAGGUCUCGUGCCGUUCUACAUCCUGAAUCAGAUCCCGGAAAAGACGUCCCUUACAAUGCUCGCGGCUCUUGUGGUACCCACAAUUACCAUGCCUGCAAUCCUCGCCUUUGCCCUCAGCAACACUCUCCAUCUUCCACCACAGACCUUCAAACUCAUCCAAUGCUUCUCCUUGCUCUUGCUCGGCGCCGCUCUUUCUACUCUCGCAACACUCAACUUCUCACAAGCUCUCUUUGUCGGACUUCUGGCCUCUCCGCUAUCUUUUGUCCGACCCUUCUCACCACCACGAACAUGGCCACUUGCUGUGAAAGUCGUGUUGGGAAUCUUUUCUGUAGCGGUUAUGAUUGCCACUUCACCACCAGCGGCAUUGUAUGUUCUAGGACUUGUGACAGACAAGAGCUUCGACGAGGUCAUUGCGGCUGCGGCAUGGGCGUGGAGAGUGGAGAGAGUAUGGACGGGAGUCACAGUGUGGGUUUUGUGGUGGCCGGCAUGGGUGUGCGGAGGUCUCGCUCUUUGCAGUGGCUUCGUUGGGUAA